AUGUUCUUCAAAGGAAAGGCUACUUUUUGUCCUACAAUGUAUUGGAUGGUAUGUGGGGAGGUAGAGCUGAGAGGAGACUCAAGUCAACCAUCAUCUUCUGAGGAUGUUUCUUCCAUCUUGUUUUCUAAUAGUGAUCGUCAACAACCUGUAGAUUCUUCCUCCUUUAAUAUCACCUCUAAGGCUUCCUCUCAUGAAGGUCACAUUAGUAUUGGAUCAUCUUCAUCAGAAACUUUGAGAAGAAAGGGUGAUCAUCAUAAUAGCCUUGUCAAAUCUAUCAAGGAUCGUUUGGUAGGCUUGGAUCAUUCAAGAAAGGCCUCAUCCUCAAUUCGAUCAUCAUCAUCAUCAGAGAAAGAUUAUCAGCAACAACAAAUGGCAAGGAUGGGCUAUCUUGUGGAGAAUAGUGAAAGGCAGAGAGGUGUUCUCAUAGUUUGUAAUCUCUUUGAAGAAAGCCUUUCGAAUGGUUGUACAGAAUUAGAGGUUUCUUGGGUUACAAAACGAUGUCAAAUUCAACCUGGUCAAAUUCUCUAUGCACCAAAGGUAAAAGCCUACAAGCAGGAUACGGUUGAUGAAGAUUCAAUUCAAUUCUUUAUUGUUGCUCGAUAUGUCAAGUUGGUUUCUCAAAAGUCUGCCAUCUACCAAUUCUUUGAACCUAACAGUAAGAAGAUGUUAUUGGAACCGAGUGAGUUCAUUCAACAGGAAAAAAAUCAAAAGAAGAGAUUAUUCACAGAUGCUUCCACUCAAAUAUCGUGUGAUAAGGAAAAUGAGGUUCCUACAAGAAUCGAGGAACCAUUUCAACAAUUGUUGAAGAAGACUAAGAGGUUGAAUUCUACUCCUGCCACCACUAUUUCUAAAACAGCAUCUGCUCCUUCAGCUUCUUCAAAUACAAAGAAUUCUCCUAAAGAUUCUGUUGCAUCCACCUCUUUCUCUUCAAACACCAAGAACAAGAAGGAACAAUGCAGACAAAGAAUUAAGGCCAUCAAGAAGAAAAUCAUGAAAAAGGUUGAAGAAACUCAAUCCAAGAUGGACUCGUCCAUUCUACCAAUGUCCACAACAAUUGUCAAGACUGAACAGUUAGAACAGAGAGCAGACUCUGUAAUUUUUGAUUCAGGUACACCUUCCUUCUUUAACAAUGGAUUUAUUAGUGAUAUUGUUGUUAUUUCUGAUGAUGAAGAGGAGGAAUCACAUGCCAAAGCACAUGAAAGCUUGUCAACUAUGCAAAGUAUUACUCCUCUCAUUUGUUCAGAAACACCAAUCAUUCCAAGCUCAAGAACAAUCCGUGUCAAGAGAGAUUUGAUUAGUGAGGAAGAUAAGGAAAUUAACCUAUCAUCAAAUUCACCAAUCACUCUCUCAAUGCUCUACUCGACUGCAAAUCAAGUGAAAGAAAUGUGUUCAAUCCUUGACAAGUCACCCUUACUAGAAAUCUCCCAAAAGGAAGAAAAUGAAGCCAUACUCACCAAUGAGAAUGCCCUCUUCACACAAGAACAACUCGCCCCACAAGUGGAUGAAACAUCCUCAAGCAGCAGAAGUGGAGUAUCUUCAAGUCACAAUUUGGAAUUACAAAAGGAAUACCUUAAACCUUUGGCCAAUAGAAGAACUGAUUUUGAGAAGCAAGGUGAACCAAGCAAUGAAGGUUCCAAUAACACACUGGAGAAGGAUGGAGUAUCAUCACCAAACUUUAACAACUCAAUUGUAAAGGAAGAGGAAAAUGCAACCUCCCAAUAA